AUGACCCCAAACAAGACUGUUGAUAUUCCCGCACCACCAACCUCCUUGUCAACAAUUCAAUUCACUUUAGAAAUCGUCCACAUGCAGAGCACGCCCCCGCGCACCGAUCCAACCGAAAAACACAAAUGGACAGAGAGCCCUGUAACACAACACAAAAAGAACAGUAUGGACCUUCUCUCCGGCAUUUGUUUAAUUGUUGUCUACUUUACGGUGGCUCGAGUUACCAUGUGUUCUCGGAGAUAUGUAACAAACCCAAACUUUGAUGAUAAAAAGUCAGAUGUGGAACUUUUGGGAGAAUACAACGCUAAGACGAUGCCUGGGUGUGCCAUGUUUUGUCACAAAGAAUGCGGGGUGUUUGGAUACAAUAAUUACCUGAAGAAGUGCCGGACCUACAAAAAUCUCAAUACUUCUUCAGUUUCUGAGGAGGCCGGCUGGAGAUAUAUGUUUUCUGAUCUUUUCCCUAUGGAUUGUAAGGAACUUCAUGAUAAUGGCCAGUGGCAAUCAGGUGUGUACGAUAUAUAUCCUCCUGGGACGAGAUCUCUUCCGCUGAAGGCUUACUGUGAUAUGAGUACUAUGGGAGGAGGCUGGACGGCAAUUCAAAAGCGAAUAAGUGGAUCCCUGAGCUUUAAGCAGAGUUGGUCCGAGUAUAAAAAUGGUUUUGGUACACCGGACAAGAAUGUCUGGAUUGGAAAUGACGCCAUAAAUCAAUUAACAAAGGGAAGAAACUCAUUCCUGUACGUCUCCAUCACACUGGUGAAUGGAACAACACUGUAUGAGCUGUACGAUCAAUUCUCCGUGUCCGAUGAAACAAACAAGUAUCAACUCUUUCUGGGAGGACCUGCCACAGGAACUUUAGGUGACAGUAUAUUACACACUCCUUAUUCGUGGGCUAAUCUCUCUGGGAUGUACUUUACCACCAAAGACAGGGAUAACGACUGGUAUAGUGGCCAUAACUGCGCUGCUCAUUGGGGAGGAGGCUGGUGGUUUAACCAAUGUCACGAAGCCUUCCUUAACGGUCCCUGGUACCCGGAAUACUGGCGCAAACCUUGGAAUCCUACAGUGGGAACCACUGAUCAGACAUCGGAGACAUCUAUAAGAGAAACGAGGAUGAUGAUAAAACGUCACUAGGUUUUUCCCUCUCGGCAUACGAGGAUUAAGAAACGGAUUAUACCAUGAUGGUCGUUUUCAUUAAACCGUUGAAGAUUUCCUGAUACAUGAAACGUUUUUUCAUUCAUAUCAAUUUUUUUUUACUUUCUUCUGAUUCGAAAAUAUGGUAAUAUAUGAAAAUGUUAGUGCGUGUCGACUUGCAGAAGGUUUGUAUUUUCGCUGUUAACAUGUAUAUCUUUGUAGGUCACCUGAGUAAACUCAGGUUACCUAUUGCUAUCCGUUUAUGUCCGUCGUCGUGCGCCGUGCGUUAUCAUUUGAACAUUUUCAGCUUCUUCUAUGCAAUACCUAAACCAAUUUUGGCACAAAGCAUGUAUGGGUGAAGGGGGACAACAGUUAUGAAUUUCAUGGCCCCUGCUCCCUGGGAUCCUGAGGGGUGGGGACGAAACCACUAAAAUUAAUGCAAUCUUUAAAAGUCUUCUAUACUUCUGGAAAUCAAGCAGUCAAACUGUUGGCAUGAUUGUAAUCAGCAUUGAGUCCUCUACCAAAAUUGUGAAAUUCAUGGCCCC